AUGAAAAGAAAGAAAAAGAAGAAAAACGUCGUGGUGUUUCUCCUGGUCCAGCUCAACGGUGGAAGGUGGACGGACGAGGAGCACCAAGGAUUUCUCAGCGGUCUCGAAGUGUACGGUCAUGGCAACUGGAACGCUAUCGCGGUCUUCGUUCCCACUCGCAGCCCGCCUCAGAUUGAAGCCUACGCCCGGCAGUACUUUGCGCUGGGUGAAGCGGUCCAAAACCUCCAGCAGGUGGACGAACAGCAACAACAGCGUCAGGUAUGGAGUCGCGCAGGUCUGGUACCCGACCUGAACGACCCCGACGGCGAAGAAGCGUUGAGGCGCCAUCUUGCUACAAUCGGCAUUUGUUACGGCAUGCUAUAGCCACCCUUUGGGUUUGCUUGACCGCUGCCGCCGCCGCUGCUGAUGCCAUGUUCCCAGUAGUACCUGAUCGAACAAAUAUCGAUAAGACGCUGGUGCCUCAGCAGAAUAACGAAACACACACACACACGAUGGAAUGGAUAAGAAAUGUAGGCAGUAAACGGGGGCGGAUGGUUGGUGAGCCUCCCACUGCUAAAUAACUGUCGACGAGGCUUGGCGAAUUGCACCGAAAUUGCAAUAUUGUCAUUCUCUGCGUAGGAUGUUUUUCGCAGUGCAGUGCCAUCCACAAGCGGGAAAGUGGCGCACGCAUCGUGCGGUUGUUUUUCCGGUCAGUCCACGUGGUCUUCGCUCACCCGGCCAAGCCUUUGGACAGAGGCUGUCGGUGCGAGACUUGAGACGGUUGCCCAUCCUUCGUUUUUACAGGGAGUUGGAUACGGCAGCACCGAAACACUCCCACUCGUUUUUUAACACUUCCAAUCUGUGUGGCGUUGAGCACAAUCGUGAUAUUACAUGGAGGUUCCUCCUCCCGCGUUUCGAGCAACCCCAAAAUUUUCUACUCGUCGUCAAGGUUUUCAAUGGAUGUGGCGGUGACUUUUCUUGUUCUGGAUAUUUGUAGGGGGUUGACGGGGCGGUUGUCAUGAGUGGGCCAGUAUUCGAUCUGCAAACGAUAUUUGAGCUUGGGAAACCUCAAUACGUGAGCCUGUUUUCAGCGGGUGAGACACCGGCGGGUAUUGCUUGGUUUGCAAAUACGACCUACAUGUAGGACUUCAGGUCUUAUGCCUCAACUUCACUGAUGGGCAGGGGUGAAGGUUGUGGCAGGUUGAAUCCUAACCACAAGUAGUUGAAGGUUCGGGGGCAAGCUUUCGUAGGACUGGAUCGACCUGAGCUUUUCGUUGUUUUUUGCGACCACCCCGCCGUUUUUGGUUGGAUCAAUGGGACAGCUACCGAUGGCGUGACGUGCUGCAUUCGGUGUGGUGUGCAACCGUGAGGUUUGGCCAGUUUUAGUUGGUGCUACCACAAGCCGGUGCCUCUGGCCACCUGUACUUCACACAGCAGUACCGGGCAGGCUCCGUGGUGCGAGACCAGCCGUCCGUGUAGGUGGUACUGAGACAGCGGCAUCCGUCACUGGG